GGUUGAAGGGACGAUGUCCUCUGAGUCCCAAGGCCUGUCUUUAAACAGAAGCAGCAGCUCUCCAAUUCCUUCUCCUUGUGAACUACAAUCCUUUGACCCUCUUGGGUCGCCCUGCUUUCAGAUGCCAGAGUCACAGUGUCACCAGAGCAAUUUUGGAGAGGGGUUUGCACCUUACUCCCAAAGAGAGCGCGUUCCCUAUAGGCAGAAGAGUGCCGAGCGCUUUCGUAGACACAGCAUAGACGGAAGCCCCGUUGAACAGGAGUCUGGCCUGGCGGAAAACUAUCACUACCAUCCUUACAGACGUCAAUGCAGUGAAGGGGCCAUCGGUGAGGGUCAGACCUUCAGUUGUCUCAGAAGACCUGGACUGGCUGGGAAACUCAACACGGCCGAUGGAUUGGAGGAACAAUCCUCUUGGAGUCCAUUAAGCACUAAUGUGGAGACGACUAGCAUUAUGGGAAUUCAACACCUCUACAGUGAGCCUCAGAUAAGCUCUGAAGAUCCUCACUACACCUCAGUUAAUCAUCAGACGUACAGUGCCAUCAGUCCUCUACAACAUCAGUUUUAUUCUUCAAGAGGAAUAGACACGGUUUCUCACUACUAUAGCCAAAGCCUCUCAUCACAAACAUCUCAAGACAAUUCUGCCCAGACACUCUACCCUAAACCCGUCUACUCUUACAGUAUUCUGAUCUUCUUGGCUCUGAGGAAUAGCAAAACGGGCAGUCUACCAGUAAGUGAGAUCUACAGCUUCAUGACGGAUCAUUUCCCCUACUUCAAGACAGCACCUGAUGGAUGGAAGAAUUCUGUCCGACACAACCUCUCUUUAAACAAGUGCUUUGAGAAAGUAGAGAACAAGAAUGGGAACUCCUCUCGAAAGGGCUGCCUGUGGGCCCUGAACCCAGCGAAGGUAGAGAAGAUGCAGGAGGAACUUCACAAGUGGAGACGUAAAGAUCCGCUGACUGUACGGAGGAGCAUGGCCCGACCAGAGGAGCUGGAACGUCUGCUUGGGGAGAGACCUGAAAAAUUGAAGACUCUUGGAUCUCACUUCAGUCUACCAAGCAGCCAUACACAUUCUCAGUCCUUAAGAGUUGCCAUGCAUCCUGCCUACGGACACCAACCUGUCCAUGAGACUAGUGUCCCGCAUCAGAAGUCUAUCUACAGCCCUUUACCCUCUCAAACUGUCAUCCCGCCUCCCCCCUACUUACCUCCAGACACUUUAGCUUUCCCAUACCACUCUCCAGUCACCCAUCAGCCCAGUGCUGGGCAUCCCUCUAUUCCCAGGACAGGCAGCUUGGAUUCCCCCUUACCAGCACACACCCCACCAAGCUACAGCACCGCCCUGCAGGCUGGUCACAGCACUACAGCAAGUAUGCAGGAGCUUCUGCUGGAUGGAGAAAUCAGCAAUGAUGUUGAUACAUUAAAUCCCAGCCUCACAGAUCUACAAUUACAUGGGAAUCUUUGGGAGGAGCUAAGGAAUGACAGCCUGUCUCUGGAUUCACUGGUAGUUAUGGACUCAACCCCUUUCCUUUCCCAGUUCAGUCCCAGUCAAGUACGGGAUAGCGUGGGGGUCUGUGAGGGUCCAGUGGAGACUGAAGGCAGUGUUUCUGGGCUGUAUCUCAGCGGGCUCUGUACAACCGCUUUCACCAGUACAGACAACAUGUCAGGUCUCCUUUCUUCUUCAGGAAACACUCCCAUUCCCCUUCUAUGAAAAAAGAAACCUCAGUGUAGCCAUUUCUACUUUUUCCAAAGUCGAAAAGCUUAUAUUUUUGAAUGUCUAAAAUGUGUGAUUUCUAUGCUGAAUCGUGCGCUUGAGUUUUAAAAACGACAUUAGCUAAUUAUCAAUGUUUUUAAUGCAUUACAAAUAUUCAAGGCUUCCAUUGUCCACAACAGUAUUCAAAGACCCCAUGAUUGUUUGAGUCAUUUUCUGGAUGAGGAUUAAGGAUACAUUUUGAAAAAAAUAUAUUUUGUACAUGCAAUUUUUUUUUUACCUGAUAAGAUAUAACUAGUGGAUAUGAAUAUAAAAAUGUAUAUUUAUAAAAUGUAUAAAACUGCCCAUGCAAUUUUUUAUUAAUUCACAUGACCACAAAGUUCUGUAAGCAUUUAAUGCUCAAAAUCACUUUAAUGUGGCUUAAACUGAACAAUGUUUGAUUUUUGUUUCGUUGAAGUUUGCUGAAAUUCAACAAUAUAUUAAUAUUAUUUGCUUUUGUACAAGUGUUUUGUUUUCUUCAAAUCUAUGAAAGUGUUUCAGUUGGUAAGCUUUUUAUCAAAUUGUUGUUUGCAUCUGUGCUGGGAACCACUGGGGGGUGUUGUUGCCUCUUUUUUAGACUGUCUUUCCACAGUAAUCCACAUUAAAGGCACUGUAAGUUAAAACAGAUCUCAUGAAUUGCAGGAUUUAUACGGUCUCUGCAAGUUAUUUUUUGUUUGACAAAAUUCUUCAAAUGGGUCGUUAUUUUUGAUUAAGCAAAAAUUAGAACCUUCUACUCAAGUCCAUCAGUGGUCUGAUGGACUUGAGUUAUAAUUUAUUAUAUACUCCAGAUCUAUGCAUUUUGCUGUAAUUAGAUUUAUUAAAAAAAUAUAGUAAAUGUCUAUUACAGUAAAUUAUUACUAUUAUUUGUAUCUUAUAUUAGUCUUUUUACCUAUU